CUAUUUGCAUUGUGCCGUGGUUCUGAACUAUAGAAUUACAGAAAUGCAAAACUUAUCAUUGCUGAAAAUAUGGAAUCCAAAAUGCAAGAAUGGAGUAACUUGCCCUUAUGCCACGAGACAUAAUAAGAUCUAUUCAAAAGACGACAUAAACGAGGAUCAUAAAUCGGCAACUGAAUUAACAAAUGCUAGACUCAAUGACACAGCAGACAACACAGAUGUCAAACGCACCGAAGAAAACACUGAGUACAAAAACGACGAUAAAAAUGUUAAUAAAAGACGUAAAUUAUUCAACAAAUAUCGCAAUAUACAUAUGGAACUUAUGGAAGGAAAAGAAUAUCAGUUACAUAUACCACCAAUCGCCAAUUUCAAGCCGUCACUAAGAAAGGCGCUCACAAACAAAGAGGUAUAUGAACAAUAUGCAAAUGAUGAUACGGAAUCUGCAUGUACAAAUGAUAACUACAUAGAUGGGCCAUUAGAUAUAAACGACAUGGCAUUAAAAGGAGAAUUACCAGACUUUAGACAUAAGCGAAAUAACAAAACACCGCCACUAGGGAAGUCAGAUUUGUUUACAUGGAAAAUAGAUGUACCACCUGACGUGUUUGUUAUUAAUUGGUCUGGAGUAGUGCAUAACUGCCAUCGAGAUGGAAUUAUUACCGCUGCACGAGCUAUACUCGAUUCUACAAACGACCAACCACGAGAAAUAGGGGAAUUGCUAAAUCAGAUAGCUGAAGAACAUAAAAUACCAACGUGGCUAUCGACAAGAGCAAGGUAUGCUCAGCCAUUCAUAGAUUCAGAGGUUGAUUGGAUACCGGCAUUGCAGUUCUAUAUAAAUAGCGCAAUUGAUAAUGAAGAAGUUGCUAAAGAAGAACCCUUGAAUAUACUUCUAGAUACGAAUGCUAAAGCAAUUGAUAUAGUAACUAACCUAACUGAAGGAGGAGAUGCAAGUAAAGUGAAGGACCUUGGAAAAAAUCAACUUGAAAGAAUGGGAGCACGGCCUUUCGAAUUAGAAGAAUGGAAGAUUGAUGGGAAACAAUAUAUUGACAACAUUCCAACGUAUAAUAAAUUACUGAAACAAGUAAAUAUAGCACCUGAUGAUUUGGAAGCAUGUUUUCAAAAGGCAUCUGAUAAGUUACACAGCAACCUAGAUAAAUGGAAUAUGAUCGUUAAAUAUCGCACUAAAUGCGAUCAUUUAGAUGAAGAACAAAAGCAACAUCAUGAAGCAUUCAAUUGUGGAAUAUUAAGUGCGAUUAAGCAUCAUUUAGAGGUUUUCCACGCACCAGUAUAUAUUGUAUCGGAUACUGAAAAUUCAGAAAUAGUUAAAAGGAAAUUGAAAGCACUAGGAAUCAAAUCCUUGGGUAGUGCCCUUAUUUAUGGACGGGAAUAUGGUACUACGGCAGAACAAAUACGUUACAUACUGGAUGCACUCGAUUUAGAUACCAGAAUACCAGUACACUACUUCGAUGAUAGACUGUCUAACUUGGCCAGAUGCAAUAAGGAUCCUGAUUUACAACAUGUACGCACCUACUUUGUCGAUUGGGGAAGAUCGACUUAUAACGAGAAGUUAGGCGCUUUUUAUGCAGAUCAAAUUAAAUACAUCAAGACAUCAGCGUGGAUGGCAAAAUUCAUGGCAACACCGUCAACCGCACCCGGUAGAGAAUGGACACAUGGAUUCAGAUUGAGGAAACCAAACGAAGAAGUAAUCAAAUCGCACAAGGAAUGGAAGAAAAAAUGGCAUAGAGUACCAAAAGUAGAUGAAGAUGAAACUAGACCAAUACCAACAAUAGCAUGAUAUAACCUUAGUGA